AUGAACUGGUGGUCAGUGGAGACCUCGUGGGGGAGCAUCAGCCAGGCAUACAGAUUGCUUUUGGAAAGCAGGACGGAAUAUGAAACAUAUGCAAGGGACCUGAUUGACGACUUGAGGCUUAAGGUAGAGGCUACUCAAAAGCUUGUGGGGGAAGUCCCGCGGGCGGAGAGUAACGCGUUGCCAUCGGAGGUGGCGGAGUGUAUGACGGCAUCAUUGAUAGAAUAUGACGAAUCUAGUAGUGAUGGAGAGAGUGGUAACCCCCGACGUUUGGCGGGGUUGCUGUCGUUUGACAACUACGGGAUUGGUCUGAAGCGACGGAAAAAGCGUGUGUUGCAGAACACAAUGCCUGUAGGCCAGAUCCCCAUUCCAAAAGGGAAAGAGGAGGAGCUUGGUCGACUCGGGCAGCGCGAGUGCACUAUGGAGAAUAUGCGCCUGGUUUUCGACCCGCGGUGUGUGACUCACGCUUACUACGGUAAGAGAUCGCUUUCUUGGUAUAUUUUUUGCAGGUGUGCGAAUAAAAGGAGAGGACAAAGAGGUGAGGAGGUUCAAGCACUUGUUCAACCUGAGAAAACCUUCUCGACCACCGCCGUGGACUUUUGUUUUAUGAUUUUUCUCCUGCUCGCGACGUUCCCAGGUUUCGGGUUGGGCGACUGGUUGGUUCAGGACGCUAGUGAGCUGAAUCCGAAUGUGACUGCGAAGGCCGUGUCGUGUGCGAUGGCUGUGUCCUUGGACACAAUGAACCCGUGCCCGACGGAGUGCACGCGGUUUUGCGGGAUGACCCUGAACUCGGGUGCGGCGUGGAGCGUGAAUGUAACGCAGGGGGAGUGUGCGAUGCGCAACUCCAUGUGCUCGGCGCCGGUGGGCUUGAAGGCUACAAUCGACGCCCCGGAGAAGCAGAGCAUUGAGCGCCGGUACGUGGGACUGACGUCGACAGGCGGGACUACGGAGUACCUGCCCUUCGGCCCCCUGUCGCAGAAGGACCUGACCAGAGAGGGCAACGCGGAGGUAGUGACUUACCACCGAGCCUUGAUACUGGGUCCAGAAGAACUCAAGAACAUCGGAGACCCGUACCGGCUGAGCUACGCCUCCGUGCUGCAGGACAGUCGGCUGCAGCCCCUCGUCGAGGGGCAGUACUGCGGCUACGUGCGGGUCGGCCGAAGCACCACGAAUGCGUGGCGAGCCACAUAUGACCCGAAUUUGUCUACGGAGAACAUGACGCAGAUCCACUAUGACGGGCCAUUGUUGGAAAUGCGGAAUUUGUAUAGGUUGCCCCGAAGUGCAGCGAGUACGAACCUGUCGGCGCCGCAGGCGUUCGCGCCUGGGCCAUUUCGGCACACGCCGACGAUCCACCAGUUGAUUCAGCAGUGGUACUUGAGGCACGGCGACGACCCGGCGGCGCCGAAACUGGCAGUGACCAUUUCUCGGGAGUACCCGGCGUACCAGAAGUUGGCGAACCCAGCGAACCGCGCGAAGGAGGCUGGCAUCGGGGUGAAUACGCCGCGGUUUGUGGAGGCGCAGGCGGAUAUGCGGAUGCGGCUGGAGACGUUUACGACCUUGAGUUGGGGUGGUUUCAAGGUCUCGUCCAUUUGUGCCGAACGCAGCAACUGCGGCGCCUGUGUGACCACCGGCUUCUGCAGCUGGUGUGAUAUGGGCGGCGCCAACCUCGGCGACCUUAACAUGUGGGGCGACUGGUUCGCCACCAGCAAGUCGCGCCAGAAGGACGGCAGCGCCUGCGGGGUACCGCCCCACCUCUGCGCCAUGAUGGGCGGCGAACCCAGCACCGCUAGCUGCCCUGUUUCCUGGAAGGACGAGUGGGACACCUUCAUGAAGUCAGACGACUACUAA